GAACCGGAAAAAGCGCUCAGGCACAUUUUCGCGGUAAAAUGGAACGGGCGCUCUCCAGUGUAAAGUAAAUAUCGUAAUGGCAGCUGCCGUCGGAGUUAAAGUAAUGUAGACUUUUCCUACCUUGAAGUUUAUUUCCAAACGCUUGGACCCGUGCUAAGACGUGCGAUUCACGCAAUUGCUAGCCGCUAAAGCAAUACUGGACAUCGAAUUGUGCUCUGCGUUCUGUGUUGUUUUCCCUCGUAGACAAGUCAUUCAAUAACAAUGUCACCGAUAACAUCAGAGGACUUGAAAUCAGAACUCGAAAUGUUCUGCAUAACUUGUAAUGAUGACUCCGCCUUGGACAAAAUGGUGGAGCAAUGCAUUUGCAAUAGGAUCCAGGCAGAUGAGUGGGUUUUGGAGUGGGUUGCAUACAGCACCACAAAAAAUGGACUGUUGCUUUCUGUAGACACCUUGGACCAAUUUGAAUACGAAGUGUUAAGCAAGAGGAAUAAAUCCAAGCAAAGCUUCAAAAGGGAAGAGCGAAACAGACCUCGAGACAUUACCACAAUACAGGACAUAAUAAAAGCUGAAGAAGAGGAGGAUAAUCUCCUGGACUGCUACUCUACUCCUGCAAAGGCCUCUCAGAAACGAGUGCUAACCACUCCAGAAAAUCCUCACUCAAAGAGGAGCUCCGCCUUGUUGACCAGUCCCGGCAUAUUGCUGUCUCCUGCCUGCUUUUCUCCUGGCGCCACUCCUUCUCAGAAAUACAGCCAACGUGGAGGCAAAGGAGAAGUGAUGGUCUCGUUCGGAGCUGUGCAGGGUACACGUUGGGCUGGCAGGAAGGCUUCUGGUGCCGAGGUUCAACUGGAGCUGCUGGAAAAGGCUGAGGAUACCCUGCAUUCCAGCUACAAGUACAUGUUCCAGAGACUGCGUGACAUUCGCAAUGUAUUGACUGAGAAGAUUGAGGAGCUGGGAGAACAGCUCCAGUCCCACUUCAACAUUGAAGAGUUUUCUCCUGUCUCACUGCCAGAACAGGACUGCAUGUCAGUUUUGGGCCAGGUGUGCUGCGACAGUAAUGGCAAGUUGAACGCGCAGUCUGUGUUGUUGGAAGCGGGGCCAGAGCAAGGUGGUCAGCAAGUACAUCUGGACCUGUCAGAGCUCCAGGAGUACUCCCUGUUUCCGGGCCAGGUGGUGGCGAUGGAAGGAAUGAAUACCACAGGAGGGAAAUUGGUGGUUUCUAAACUCUACGAGGGAAUUCCACUUCCCUUCUACUCAUCAGCUGGUAAAAUGGAGUCAGAUGAAGAGCCGGUCAAUGUGCUUGUCGCUUGUGGACCUUACACUCCUUCUGACAGCCUCAACUUUGAACCUCUUCUGGACCUGAUCCACGUCAUAGGGAGGGAUCGUCCUGACGUCUGCAUACUGCUGGGUCCUUUUGUUGACUCCAAACACGAACACAUUGAGAGAUCCCAGGUGACUGAGCCUUUUGAAGCCAUUUUCUCGAGAUGCAUCGAAAGCAUCGUGGAAGGCACAAAAUCUGUCGGUUGUCGCCUGGUGUUUGUUCCUUCCCAGAGAGAUGUCCAUCAUCAUUACAUCUACCCGCAGCCUCCCUUCACCCUGCCCAACCUCAGCAAGAACCCACGUGUGACCCUGGUUUCUGAUCCUUGUACGUUGCUGAUUGAUGGUGUGACCUUUGGCUUGACCUCUACUGACAUCCUGUUCCAUUUGGGGGCAGAAGAGAUCAGCUGUGGCGCUGGAUCGGACAGAUUUUCCCGGAUUCUGAAGCACAUACUGACCCAGAGAAGUUACUACCCGCUGUACCCACCUGUUGAGGAUGUGAACAUGGACUAUGAAAAGUUUCAGAGCUUUGGUCAGCUGCCACUCACACCGGACGUUCUCGUCAUUCCAUCUGAGCUGCGCUACUUUGUUAAGGAUGUCAUUGGCUGUGUUUGUGUCAAUCCCGGACGCCUGACCAAAGGCCAUGUGGGCGGGACUUAUGGAAGGCUGCUGAUUCAGCGUGCCGCCUCAACAGUUGACGACAGAAAAGUCAGCUGCUGUUUGGCGGCUCAGGUGGUUAAAAUUUGACUGUAAUAAGGACUAAUAAAGCAAAUGUACCCACCAGAGGACAGUUUCAAACCAA